AUAUUAGAUGAGACUAUAGCGCUAAAUUAAUUGUUGAUUUAUUUUAAUUUUAAAAAUUCAUAUCCUUUUUUAUAAAUUUUAGCGUACUUAUGGUAACAUUUUGAGUCUAGAAUUUAAUAAAAUGUCACAUUUUGUAAAAACUUCAGAAAAAGUAUCUGACGAAGAUUUAAUUCGUAGUUUAUUAUAUUGCUUUCAAGGUGUUGAUAGCUCGUAUGUUGUUUUUAACAGAACAACUAAGGAAUUUGAAGUUAAUUCUAAGUUAGAUUUUUACCAAACUGACAAAUGUAAUCGACUUAUGGAGUUAGGCUAUUUACAUAGAAUUGUCCAAGAAUAUAUUGAUAAAAAUAGCAAUAAUAAAAAUGGAUCUGUUGCUUCAGGUGUAGCUAGCUGUUUACAUACAGAACUUUGUAUAUAUUAUAAUAGCAUCAGUGAACUUCAAAAAGAGCUAGAAGAUUCGUGUGAAAAUUCUAAAUCUUAUUUCCUUGGAAAUAUUUUAUGCUGGUCAGUAUUAUGGUUAGGACAGUUACAAGAUUUAGCUCAUACUGUGAAAUUAAUUGAAGAUUCUAAACAUGGAGGUGAACUUGUGUCUGUAAUAACGCCAUUUGCAUUCUGUGCAAAUCCUUUUCUCCGACAAAUGGCAAUCAAUAUGAUAAAAAUUGCAACAAGACCACUAAUGAUGAUGAUGUGCCAUUGGAUGGUAGAUGGAGAACUUCUUGAUCCAUAUGAUGAGUUUUUUAUUUCUCAACGUCCAGGUAUUACAAACUUUGAUAUGUGGAAUAAUCGUUAUGAAAUAAGAGAAUCAAUGGUUCCUGCCUUUUUUACAAAAGACAUUAUCAAUAGUAUUUUUCGUACGGGUCGUUAUAUCAAUUUUCUUCACACAAUAUGUGGUAGUAAACCUGAACUUUCACCAUCACGAGAAGUAUUAAAGGAACUAAGGAAUUCAGGAGAUAAAGAUUUAUUUCCUAUGUUAGAACAAGGAAGUAUCAUAUCAGAUAUGAUUAAUAAGGCAUGUACAGAAUCAUCUACCAUGGUAUUAGAUAUUUUAAAAGAAAAGUUUAAAUUGUUUUUACAUUUUGAAGGUCUAAGGCGAUAUAUGUUGCUAGGCCAGGGAGACUUUGUCACAACUCUAUUAGAAAUUCUUCAACCUCACUUAGACAAGCCAUCAGGUUCUCAUGGAUCCCUCAUGUUCCAAAACUUUUUAGAUACAGCAGUUAGGAUGAGUAAUGCCCAACAUGAUGACCCAACAAUAUUAAAAACUCUUGAUGUAAAACUAUUGCUAACAUCUGGGGAAGAUUAUGGUUGGGAUAUUUUUCAAUUGAAUUAUUCUACCGAUGGUCCUUUAGAAACAAUAUUUGAAUUUAGUCGUAGUGGAAAGUAUUCAAUAAUUUUUGUAUUUUUGUGGCGUUUAAAAAGAAUUGACUUUGUAUUAUCUCAAAUGUGGAGGGAAUUGAAAUUACUAAUGAAAAACUCAUAUUACAUAGUUCCUGAAAUUAGAUCAGCUUUAAAAUUGACAAAUAAUUUAGUAGCCGAAAUGGUUCAUAGCAUAAGACAGAUACAAUUCUAUGUGUUGUCUGACGUUAUUGAAACUGAAUGGGAACACUUUCGUCAAGCAAUUAACAAAGCAACUCUUUUAGAAACUGUAAUUGAUGCUCAUAAUAAAUUUCUUAAAAAUAUAUUUAAAAGAUCGAUGCAAACUGAGGAAUCACAUGAUUUAUCAAAAAAGAUGCGCCAACUGUUUGAAUCAGUCCUUGAGCUUCGUGGAAUUCAGGAAAAAUUUCACAGUCAAUCUGAAUAUGAAAUGCAAAGAAGAAAGAAUCUUGAUAAAUAUAUUGAAGUACAUGGUACAUGUAAUGAAAUAGAAAAUAAUGAUAUAGAAUUAAAAGAAAUAUUCAACUAUGAAGUUAAUAAUUAUGAAACUAUCAUAAAAGACAUAAGUAAUUCUUAUAAGACUGAUUUGAUACAAUUUUUAAAAAAUCUUAUAAAAAUAUCUACUGAUAAUGAAGAAGCACUACAGUCAUUAGCCAAUCGUAUUAAUUUUAACCAAUAUUAUAGUAAAAAUGAUCAAGAAAUAGAAAAAUGUGCAACAUAUGUAUGUAGAUCUCAAAUGUCAAAAUUUUUACCCAAAGGUUCUAGGAAGCUAAAUAAAUAAAGAAAUGGUGUAAAAUUUGUUUAAAUACUUACAAAAAUAUUACUAGUGAUUUUACUAGUUUACUUACUUUAUAUAAAUAGUACUGAAAAUGAAAUAUUGUUAACUAUAAUUUUUUUUUACUUGUAUUUUGUGUGUGAAGAUUUUUAUUAUUAUAAGUAAAUAAUUUUUAUUCAUUA